ACUUGAGAAGGAGAGGAGAGGAAUUGUCACUAGGUUUUGACUUUGGCCCAGCGCCGGCUUUUUUUAACCAUAAAACAGCCGGAAUGCAGGGAGGAGGAGGACACUGCGAUCGUGUUGCGGAGGGUUUCGUAUCCGAUUGUUCGUCACUCAUCUUUCUUCUCUCUCUGUUUUCGGUUUCUUGAUCGAAACGGUCUCGUUAUUUGAUCGAGUUCUUGUGCUGCAUUCGGCAAAUCUGAGAUUUUUGAGGUUCAUACUUGACCCCGGACCUUCGGACUAAAGGCAUCCGUCUUUCAUCUCAUCUGAUAUUUGGAUAUAUGGGCUGUAUUUCUACAAAGCAUACCAAACAGACACCUGGAUAUGAAGAUCCCAAAGUCCUUGCUUCUGAGACUGCUUUUACUGUGAGUGAAGUAGAAGCAUUGUAUGAGCUUUAUAAAAAGUUGAGUUUUUUGAUAAUCAAAGAUGGCCUAAUACACAAGGAAGAAUUCCAACUUGCACUGUUCAGGAACAGCGAGAAGCAAAACCUCUUUGCAGACAGGGUAUUUGACUUGUUUGAUGUCAAACACAAUGGGGUUAUUGAAUUUGGAGAAUUUGUUAGAUCACUCAGCAUUUUUCAUCCUGAUGCUCCAGAAGAAGAUAAAAUUGCAUUUGCAUUUAGAUUGUAUGACUUGAGGCAGACAGGAUACAUUGAACGUGAAGAGUUGAAGGAGAUGGUGAUGGCUCUUUUGAAUGAAUCAGAUUUGCGUCUUUCAGAUGAAGUUGUUGAACAAAUUGUUGAUAAGACAUUUGGUCAGGCAGAUUCAAAAGGUGAUGGAAGAAUAGACCUUGAUGAAUGGAAGGAGUUUGUUAAGAAAAAUCCAUCUUUGUUGCGGAACAUGACUCUUCCAUACUUAAAGGACAUAACCAUGGCGUUUCCCAGCUUCGUGAUGAAAUCUGAAGUCAGUGACGAAGACAUGACAACCUAAUAAAGAUGUGCACUGCUGUCAUACUUGUUCAAUCCAAAAUUGAUGAUGUCCCCUUGAACCAUAUAUGCCUUGCAAGUGAUGCGUCUGUGGUGGGCUGGUAUGACUGAUGCUGCUUCUCCCAAAGAUGAUGACGAUAGCCAAUCUCAACCCUUAUGCUGCAGUGAUAUGCAAGACCUAUUGAGUGACCAUAUGGUUUAUCGCAGAUCAAGCACCACAAUUCAGUUACUCGAGCUGCACAUAAACACUUUUAGAUGAUAUGCUAGUAUCUGCAAUAUCUAUAAGAAGUAUCAAUGUGUAAUCCAUGAAAUAUGAGUUUAGUCUAGCGAUAUUUUGAACUCACUUAAAAGAACUAUCUUCUGAAAGUAUAUUUGGAUUUGU